GUACUGUUGUGGGAGUUGUCCUCUACACUGGAAGGGAACUGCGCAGUGUGAUGAAUACUUCAAACCCAAGAAGUAAGAUUGGUCUUUUUGAUUUGGAAGUGAACUGCCUUACCAAGAUCCUGUUUGGGGCUCUUGUGGUGGUCUCGCUUGUCAUGGUGGCCCUUCAGCACUUUGCUGGCCGUUGGUAUCUUCAGAUCAUAAGAUUUCUCCUUCUGUUCUCAAACAUCAUUCCCAUUAGUUUACGUGUGAAUCUGGACAUGGGGAAAAUUGUCUACAGCUGGGUGAUCCGCAGAGAUUCCAAAAUCCCUGGGACUGUGGUUCGGUCCAGCACUAUUCCUGAGCAGCUGGGGAGGAUAUCUUAUUUGCUUACAGACAAAACAGGAACUCUUACGCAGAAUGAGAUGGUCUUCAAGCGGCUUCACCUGGGAACGGUAGCUUACGGCCUGGACUCCAUGGAUGAAGUGCAGAGCCACAUAUUCAGUAUAUACACACAGCAAUCUCAAGACCCACCUGCUGUGAAGGGCCUUACCUUAGCCACCAAGGUGCGUAAAACCAUGAGCAGCCGAGUGCAUGAGGCGGUGAAGGCAAUCGCGCUGUGCCACAACGUGACGCCGGUGUACGAGUCCAACGGGGUGACGGACCAGGCUGAAGCUGAGAGACACUAUGAGGACUCCUGCAGGGUGUACCAGGCCUCCAGUCCCGAUGAGAGACUGCAGUUUGAAACUUCCCGUAAGAAUCCUACUGAUGGUAUGAGAUCAUAUCGCCCAUUUGACUACAUUCAAAGGGUUCUUCCAUUUAUUGCCCCAAAUAAAACAGAUUUGCCUCUGAUAAUAACCUUUUCACCUUUGGCAUCAAAAGAGAAGCUGGCUUCCAUCAUUGUUAGAGGGGAGGUGUGGUGUGGGCUGGCUGCCCUCACCAUGGCCUUCUCCUCUCAGGUGGCCCUGGUACAGUGGACCGAGAGUGUGGGUUUAACGCUGGUGGGCAGAGACCAGUCCUCCGUGCAGCUGAGGACACCGGGUGGCCACAUCCUGAACUUCACCAUCCUCCAGAUCUUCCCCUUCACUUACGAGAGCAAGCGCAUGGGGAUAAUUGUGCGG